GACCUACCCAGAGUUCUUUGGGUACAGGACCCACAGGCUCAGCAACCAAUGGGCUUUAGUCCAGCCCCCUAGUAUAUAAGGGCUGUAGUCUCUCAGUUAGGUCUCUUGGCCCUGCACUCUCUUAGUUCCUGCUUCUCAUCCUGUACACUAAAGCAGCAUCAAUUCCUGCACAAUUGCAUCGGGGCCUAAGGAACAGCAGCCAUUUCUAAAACGUUUUAUAAGGACUAUUUUAAUCUUCCAAAGAUGGCCACCCUGUCUGUGGUUCCUGAGAAAGCUCUGGCUGAUGAUCCCAUGCAAAUUAAAGUCACAGGACUCCAACCUUCCCAAAAAGUAACAAUUCGCUUAACGCUUAAGGAUGACAGGGGUCAUAUCUUCCAAUCAAGGGCUUUCUUUGAAGCGAACAAUGUAGGAGAAGUCAACUUAGAUAAAACAGCUGCAUUAGGAGGCACCUACCAAGGCGUGCACCCCAUGGGUCUUGUUUGGUCCUUGAAACCAUUAAAACCAUUUCAAAGUCCUGUGAAAAAAGAUGUUGAAAACUGCCCGUUCCAGUACACUGUGGACCUGUUUGAUGGUUUGUCAUUGGGAUUAUCUCCUGAUCCAGAGCCAACUCUAACCAAGACAUGUACAAGAUGGCAUAUGGCCCCAGGAAUACAAAAAAACCAAAUCCAAGAAGGGAGGAUUAGAGGCACUUUAUUUUAUCCUACAGAUGGAAAAGGAUCAUACCCUGGUAUAAUAGACCUGUAUGGUGGAGCUGGAGGCCUUGCAGAAUACCGGGCAAGUCUACUUGCCAGCCGUGGAUUCGUGGUUCUCGCUCUUGCAUAUUUUGGAUAUUCUGAUUUACCACGAUCAUUUCAAAAAUUACAGCUGGAAUAUUUUGAAGAAGCUGCAGAUCUACUUCUGAAUCAUCCAAAGGUUUCUAUGCCAAAAGUUGGAGUUCUAGGUGUCUCCAAAGGUGCAGAGAUUGCCCUGGUCUUGGCUUCCUUUUUACCGCAAAUAGGGGCUACAGUUAGCAUUAAUGGAACGUGCAGCGUAUACGGUGGCACAAUUUACCGUGAUGGUGAAGUUCUUAUUAAAGGAACCCCUUACAGGCAGGAGAAGAUGGUGAUUACUGCAGAGGGUCUCCUGAAAGUUGCUGGAUUUUAUGAGUCCCCUACUUCAUAUAUUCCAGUAGAGAGGGCACAAGGACACAUACUUUUCGUGGCUGGAGAAUCUGACCAAUACUACAACAGUAAACAUUUUGCUGAAUCAGCUUUAUCUAGAAUGAGGAAACAAGGACAGAGCAAUGGAAGAAUGAUCUCCUAUGCAGGAGCUGGUCAUCUGAUCGAACCUCCAGGAUUCCCAUUUUGCUGGGCCUCACAUCUCCGGGGCCAUAAUAUACCAAUUAUAUGGGGCGGAGAGAUGAUACCUCAUUGUGAAGCAGAGAAAUCAAUCUGGAAAGAACUUCAGUUGUUCUUUCUUCAGCAUCUAAAUCUUUCUAGUAAUCUCUAAGAACUGAAUACAAGAAAAUAUCUAAUUACUCUUAACAAAAACGCUGGUGGUAUUCUUCAGUUACAUUAGAAGUUCUUGGUACAAUGUCCUGUUGUGUGAGUUUAGGUAUGUCCAUUAUCUAAGGAUUUUCUGAAUUGUUCAUAGUUUAUCAAGAACUGCUUUUUGUAAAAUUAAGGUUAAUAUGUUCUGUAUGUCAAUACUUUAAAUUGGAACAAAAUUAAAUUUCUGUCCAUUUAUAUUGCAUUUUCCUCUUUUGCCUGAAUAGUUUUCUCAUUUAAAGAAAACCUCUGUCAACUGU